CACGCUUUCUCGUCGUAUUUCGGCACUCGUGUACGGGAAACACGCGUUUCUAGUGCUGAAACGUGCCAAAAGUUGAUUUUCGUGGCAUUUGAAGCACUUAAUUGACGAAAAACGAGAUUUACGAGAUCCACUACGGCGCGCUGCAUACAUAGUCUCGAAUUAUACUGCACUUUACAUCCACCAUGACCACAUCAUCAGAAGAUGUUUUGAUGCAAGUGAGCCAAGUGCGUUUUAAGAAGGGAGAUGGCACGUUAUAUGUGAUGAAUGAACGAAUAGCAUGGAUGCUUGAUAACAGGGAUACUGUAUCUGUCAGCCAUAAAUACGCUGACAUUAAAUUGCAAAAGAUAUCACCAGAGGGAAAGUCAAAGAUACAACUACAAGUGGUAUUACAUGAUGGAACAUCAUCUACAUUUCACUUUGUAAAUAAAAAUGGACAAGAAGCGCAAAUUAAAGAUCGUGAUGAUGUAAAGGAAUUAUUGCAACAAUUACUACCAAAAUUUAAGAGAAAGGUUAAUAAAGAGUUAGAAGAGAAAAAUAGAACUCUUCAAGAACAUCCAAUGCUGCUUCAAUUAUAUCGUGACCUAGUUAUCACGCAAGUUAUAUCAUCUGAGGAAUUCUGGUCACAACAUGCUGCAGAAUAUACACAAGCGAAAAAAAUUCAACGUCAGGAAAUUGGUGUUAAUAGCGCGUUUCUGGCGGAUAUUAAACCACAAACUGAUGGCUGCAAUGGAUUAAAAUACAAUUUAACUGUCGAUGUAAUAGAAUGUAUAUUUAAAACUUACCCAGCUGUUAAGAGGAAACAUCAGGAAAAUGUGCCUCACAAGAUAUCAGAGUCCGAUUUCUGGACAAAAUUCUUUCAGUCGCAUUAUUUUCACAGAGAUCGUAUUAAUGCUGGGACCAAGGAUCUUUUUACCGAAUGUGCCAAAAUAGAUGAUCAAGAAUUAAAGAAGGACCUUCAGUCUGGGAUAAAUGAUCCAUUGGUGGAUAUCACUUCUUUCGAGGAUCAGUCACUGGAUGAGAAUUAUGGGAGUGGAUGUAGCAAAUCUGAUAAAGCCUCAGGAAAUAUUGUUCAUCAAAGCAUGAUCAAGAGAUUUAAUCAGCAUAGCAUUAUGGUCAUGAAAGCCAGCACUGCCAAACAGUCUAUGCAAAGCAAUCAACCACAGUUAAAUGGAUCUACACCAUCUGCAAGUAAUAAAGUUGCAAAUAACGAACCAGAUGAUGGACCAAAGACUAAAAAGCGUAGAAUACAAGAAAAGAUAACUUACGAUGAUCUCGACACGAGCUGUGACAUAAAUACAAAUAACGGAGCACCAUUGAACCUAACGCAUGUAGAUAGAUAUUUGCACGGACCUGUACCAGGAUAUGGAGACACAGAACCGACUUCUGAAGAACUACUCAUUACAUUAAGUCACUUAAAAAGGGAGGCUUAUGGAUGGAUAUCCGGUAACGCAUUGCCACGGCAAGCAGCAACAUCCUUAGUUAGUCCUGCUGCAGCAGUAUCGGCUUUAGGUGAACUAACACCUGGUGGAUCCUUGAUGAAAGGUUUCCGAGAAGAAAGUCUUGGACAAUUAAUACCAAAGGAUUUGGAGAAGGACUUACGUAAUGUAUAUGUGUGCGCGUGUGAAUUAUUGAGGCACUUUUGGCGAAGCUUUCCUCCGACAACACUACAGCUCGAGGAAAAAGCGAUCAGAAUGCAUGAAGCUUUGCAUAGAUUCCAUUCCGCUAAACUAAAGCCUUUUGAAGAUCGUGUGCAAAGAGAAUUUUCUGCAGUUAGUCAGCAUUUGACAAGCCAUCUCAAUCAAUUGUUAAACACUGCAUACAGGAAGUUUGCAGUGUGGCAACAACGGAAGAUGCAAAUGAGGUAGCCGUUCAUAAAAAUCCCUUAAAAAAGAUAAAACAGAAACGUAAAUGAAACGAAGCAAUAUUGAUAACAUAUUGCAUUUUGUAACGUUACCGUAAUUAAAUAUUAAUAUGGAUGUAUUUUACGAAAAAGGGAAAAAAACCAAAGCUAUGCCGGGUUAUGUGUCCUGUGCUGCCACAUAUUGUUUAUUUAUUAUUACUUUUAGACAUGUUUAUAACUUUUUCGAAACGCCCUUGCAAAUUCAUUAUUCGAAUUUAAUCGCAGUCGAUAAUACGUCACUUUGCAACUAUUUUCAUAAUAUGUAGUUUAUAGCUUAUUUAUUUACUUCAAUAGUGGACGUACGGUUCUAUACAGUAUGUUUGAAUGAAAGGAGAGAGAAAGAGAGAGCGAGAGAACAAGAGCGCAUAUAUUUAAAAACGCACGAAUAUUCUAAAACUAUCUCCCUAUGCUCUGUGAAAUAAUGGAUUUGUGAAUCUUUAUUGUGAAAAAAAUAGUAGUUGCAUAUAAUUACCCAGUGUCUAUGAUAUGCAACUAUUCUAGAUCAAUAAGAGUUGUGAAUGAGACGGGCGACUGCAAAUAUUGUACGAUAUCAAAAUAACUGUGAUACCGUCACUGUAGUCAAUCUUAUUAAUAUAUUUUUUCGCGCUUCUCGGUAACUCUUUCAUGAUUACAAUUUAUAUGAAUUAUAUUGUUCUAUUGGCACGCAUGGAACAGAUUUGUGAUUCUUUAAUCAUGUAUUUUUUGAUUUCCUUACUUCUGUAAUAAACAAAACUUGAAAUAACUUCUUAUUGCGAUCAAGUCGAUGUACUUUGUAAAUUGGAAUCUCUACGUCUC